CGGAUACAGACGGCGCUGCCUCCGCGCCGGCCCUGCCGAGGACAUGGGGCGGCGGUGAGCGCCCCGCAGCGCCGCAGCCAUGGCCCCCAUGGGCAUCCGCCUGUCGCCGCUCGGCAUGGCCGUGUUCUGUUUGCUGGGGCUCGGCGUCCUCUACCACCUCUACUCCGGCUUCCUGGCCGGCCGCUUCGCCUUCUUCAUGCUGAGCGAGCCGGCGGCCGGUGCGCCCGGCGGCGUCGUGGACCUGCGGGAGCUGCUGGCCGUGUCCGUGCUGGCGGCGGCGCGGGGCGGCGAGGAGGUGCGGCGGGUCCGCGAGGGGAACGUGCUCAACGCCAAGGCCAAGGGCAAGACGCGGGAGGGGGCCGACGAGCAGCUCACCAGCGGCGACCUCCUCUCCAACCGCAGGAUGUUCUACCUGCUCAAGAGCGCCUUCCCCGCCGUGCAGAUAAACUCUGAAGAACAUGUUGAUGCAGCUGAUCAGGAGACAGUCUCUUGGGAUCGCAGUAUUCCUGAGGAAAUAAAACAAAAAAUACAGCCUAAAGAGGUUCCAGCAGAAAGUGUUACUGUCUGGAUCGAUCCGUUAGAUGCUACACAAGAAUACACAGAGAAUCUUCGACAAUAUGUCACAACAAUGGUUUGCGUGGCUGUAAAUGGUAAACCAGUAAUAGGAGUGAUACACAAGCCUUUCUCAGCGUAUACAGUGUGGGCAAUGGUGGAUGGUGGGUCAAACGUAAAAGCUCGUUCCUCCUACAAUGAGAAAACUCCAAGGAUUAUUGUAUCCCGCUCCCAUGCAGGAAAAGUUGAGCAGCUUGCACAGCAGACAUUUGGAAAUAAGACUGUGAUAAUCCCCGCUGGUGGAGCAGGUUAUAAAGUGUUGGCCCUCCUUGAUGUGGCUGAUAAGAAUCAAGAAGAAGCUGACAUAUAUAUCCAUGUCACCUACAUUAAGAAGUGGGACAUAUGUGCUGGAAAUGCAGUGUUGAGAGCAUUGGGUGGCCAUAUGACUACCCUGACUGGUGAAGAAAUUACUUACACUGGCUCAGAUGGCAACGAGGGAGGACUUAUAGCCAGUAUCAACAUGAACCAUAAAGCACUAAUUGAAAAACUUCCAGAUCUGGAAAAAACAUCACACAAUUAAACUUGACUGAUGGAGAAGUACAAGUCGUGCUUUUGUGGCCUCCAGGUGCUCUGUCUGAAGAAGCAGAUAUGAAAACCUGCUGGGAAAGAUGCACAGCAAAGCAAAGGAGCUUGGUGUGGGUUUGGGGACUAUAUUGUGCAUUGGGUUUCUUCGAUGGUGGUAUUUAAAAAAAGAAUAAAAUAAUAAUCAGAAGUAGGAAGGGGACUGACUGCCUCA